AAUAGCGACGAUGAAGUGUAUUUUGCUUGGACUACUGCUUAUCGGCUCGGUAUUUGCAGAGCCAGGCAAGGAAGAUGUGGCCGCGGCUAAAGAAUUCCAACCAGAAGCACGUAUCAUCGGCGGUGAAGUCGCAUCUCAAUCGUUGGCGACAUCAUACUUGGUCUCACUGAGUGCAUCGUCCAUUGCCUACGCACAUGUCUGUGCCGGUGCCAUCAUUGCCAAGGAAUGGGUGCUGACAGCGGCGCAUUGCCUGAAAGAAUUGGAAAGCACAGCUGGAAAUGUGAUUGGCCUGCCCGUCUAUGCCGGUUUAAAGGAUCGUUCCAAUGUGGAGAAUGCACAAGUUCGCAAUAUCGACUUUGCUUUUUCGCACAAACUAUUCAAUGCCAGUGAUGAGAGCUCACCCGAUAUUGCGCUAUUGCACUUUACUCCCGGUUUCAACUUCAGUGUCAAUGUGAGUUCCGUGCUUUUGCCAUACCUCAAGGAGUCAUAUACGAACCAAACCGUUGUGACUUAUGGUUGGGGUUUGACUAAAGCUACAGAAACAACAUACGUUAAGGAAUUGCAAGUGGCGCGUUCGGAAGUGUUGCCCAAAGAACAGUGCCUUGAACAGCUACCAGAGGAUGCGCCACUUGGUGAUGAUCAAAUUUGCGCCAAAACAUCGGCUUGUUUAGGCGAUGGUGGCAGUCCAUUAGUGCACGAGACGAAAGGUGGCUCCGAAUUGGUUGGUAUCACCUCGUGGGGCUACUUGCCAUGUGCCGUUAACAAUCGCCCAACGGUAUAUACCGAGAUUUCACAAUACAUUAAGUGGAUUGCUGAUGUUCAAUGGGCUUAUUAUAUCUUGAAUUAAAUUGAAUUUUCUGUAUGACUUCAAAAUAAAGUAGUUGUUGUUUAUAUAUAUAAUUA